CUCAGGACUAACCUAACAGCCUGGAGUCUCUGUGACUCUACACACUUCCUGCCACCCAUCUCUUCCUCUCAGAAGAUUCCAGAUACAGAAUCACUCUAUGCAAUCAAGAAAGUUGAAACUCUUGGGCCCAUCUCAGGCUGAUCUUGGCAACUCUCAUGCUCUGCUCUCUUCAACCAGUCCUCUGUAUUCUAUUGCAGAACAAGACUAAAAAUGGUCUUUCCAGUGUGGAUACUGAAGAGACUAUUUCUUAUUCUUUUUAACAUAAUCUUAAUUUCAAAAUUCCUUGGGGCUAGAUGGUUUCCUAAAACCCUGCCCUGUGAUGUUACUCUGGAUGAACCAAUGACCCAUGUGUCUGUGGACUGCACCGACAAGCAUCUGAAAGAAAUUCCUGAAGGUAUUCCCACCAACACCACCAACCUCACCCUUACCAUUAACCACAUACCAGAUAUUUCUCCAGCCUCCUUCCAAAGGCUGGACCGUCUCGUAGAGAUAGAUUUCAGAUGCAACUGUGUGCCUAUUCGACUGGGGCCAAAAAAUAAUGUAUGUACCAGGAGGCUACAGAUUAAACCCAAAAGUUUUAGUAAACUCAGUAAUUUAAGAUCCCUUUACCUGGAUGGAAACCAGCUUGUAGAGAUACCUAAAGAUCUUCCUCCCAAUUUACGGCUUCUGAGCCUUGAGGCCAACAACAUCUUUUCCAUCAUGAAAGAGAAUCUAACAGAACUGACCAAUAUAGAAAUACUCUACCUGGGUCAAAACUGUUAUUAUCGCAACCCUUGUAAUGUUUCAUUUUUAAUUGAAAAAAAUGCCUUUAUAAGCCUGAAAAAUUUAAAAGUGCUUUCUCUCAAAGAUAACAACGUCACAGAUGUCCCCACUGUUUUGCCAUCUACUUUAACAGAACUCUAUCUUCACAACAACAUCAUUGCAAAAAUCCAAAGAGAUGAUUUUAAAAACCUCAACCAAUUGCAAAUUCUUGACCUAAGUGGAAACUGCCCUCGUUGUUAUAAUGUCCCAUUUCCUUGUACACCCUGUGAAAAUAAUUCUCCAUUACAGAUUGAUGAGCAUGCUUUCGAUUCAUUGGAAAAAUUAAAAGUUUUACAUCUACACAGUAACUCUCUUCAGCAUGUGCCCAAAGAAUGGUUUAAAAACAUUAGAAACCUUCAGGAGCUAGAUCUUUCCCAAAACUUCUUGGCCAAAGAAAUUGGGGAUGCUGAAUUUUUGAAAUAUCUUCCGAACCUUGUCCAGUUGGAUCUGUCUUUCAAUUAUGAACUUCAAGUCUAUCGUGCAUUCAUAAACCUAUCAUGUACCUUUUCUUCACUGAAAAACCUGAAAAUUUUGAGGCUCAAAGGAUAUGUUUUUAAAGAGCUGAAAAGUCUUAACCUGUCCCCAUUACGUGAUCUUCUUAAUCUUGAAGUUCUUGAUCUUGGCACUAACUUUAUAAAAAUUGCUGACCUCAGUAUGUUUAAACAAUUUGAAAGGUUAAAAGUCAUAGAUCUUUCAGUGAAUAAAAUAUCACCUUCUGGAGAUUCAAGUGAAGCUGGCUUCUGCUCUAACACUAGAACUCCUGUAGAAAGUCGUGGACCACAGUUCUUUGAAGCAUUACAUUAUUUCCGAUAUGAUGAGUAUGCAAGGAGUUGCAGAUCCAAAGACAAAGAGAUGCCUUCUUUACUGCCUUUUAAUGAAGAGUGCUAUGAGUAUGGGCAGACUUUAGAUCUAAGUAAAAAUAAUAUAUUUUUUAUCAAGCCCUCUGAUUUUCAGAAUCUUUCUUUUCUCAAGUGCCUGAACUUGUCAGGAAAUUCUAUUGGCCAAACACUUAAUGGCAGUGAAUUUCAACCAUUAGUAGAGCUGAAAUAUUUGGAUUUCUCUAACAACCGGCUUGACUUACUCUACUCAACUGCAUUUGAGGAGCUUCACAACCUGGAAAUUCUGGAUAUAAGUAGCAACAGCCAUUAUUUUCAAUCAGAAGGAAUUACUCACAUGUUAAACUUUACCAAGAACCUAAAGUUUCUGAAGAAACUAAUGAUGAACCACAAUGACAUCUCUACUUCAGUCAGCAGAAACAUGGAGAGCAAAUCUCUUAGAACUCUGGAAUUCAGAGGAAAUCACUUGGAUAUUUUAUGGCGAGAUGGAGAUAACAGAUACUUACAAUUCUUUAGGGAGCUGCAAAACUUAGAGGAAUUAGACAUCUCUGAAAAUUCCCUGAGCUUCUUGCCUCCUGGAGUUUUUAAUGGUAUGCCUCCACAACUAAAGAAUCUCUCCUUGGCCAAAAAUGCAUUAAAAUCUUUCAACUGGGGAAAGCUCCAGGAGCUGAAGAAUCUAGAAACUUUGGACCUGAGUCACAACCAACUGACAACUGUUCCUGAGAGACUAUCCAACUGUUCCAGAAGCCUAAAGAGACUGAUUCUCAGGAAAAAUCAAAUCAGGCAUCUGACAAAGUAUUUUCUACAAGAUGCUUUCCAGUUACGCUAUUUGGACCUCAGUUCAAAUAAAAUUCAGAUUAUCCAAAAGACUAGCUUCCCAGAAAAUGUCCUCAACAAUCUGGAGAAGCUGCUUUUACAUCAUAAUCGCUUUCUGUGUACCUGUGAUGCUGUGUGGUUUGUCUGGUGGGUUAACCAUACGGAAGUGACAAUUCCUUACCUGGCCACAGAGGUAACUUGUGUGGGGCCAGGAGCACACAAAGGCCAGAGCGUGGUCUCUCUAGAUAUGUAUACCUGUGAAUUAGAUCUGACUAAUCUGAUUCUGUUCUCACUUUCUGUAUCUGUGGCUCUGUUUCUGAUGGUGGUUAUGACAACAAGUCACCUCUAUUUCUGGGAUGUAUGGUAUAGCUACCAUUUUUGUAAGGCCAAGAUAAAGGGAUAUCAGCGUCUGAUGUCGCAAAACUGUUGCUAUGAUGCUUUUAUUGUAUAUGACACUGAAGACCCAGCUGUGACAGAGUGGGUUUUAGAUGAGUUGGUGGCCAAAUUGGAAGACCCAAGAGAGAAAAGUUUUAAUUUAUGUCUUGAGGAAAGGGACUGGUUACCAGGACAGCCAGUUCUGGAAAACCUUUCUCAAAGCAUACAGCUUAGCAAAAAGACAGUGUUUGUGAUGACAAACAAGUAUUCGAAGACUGAGAAUUUUAAGAUAGCAUUUUACUUAUCCCAUCAGAGGCUCAUGGAUGAAAAAGUAGAUGUAAUUAUCUUAAUAUUCCUUGAGAAGCCCCUUCAGAAGUCCAAGUUCCUCCAGCUCCGGAAGAGGCUCUGUGGGACUGCUGUCCUUGAGUGGCCAACAAACCCACAGGCACACCCAUACUUCUGGCAGUCUCUGAAAAAUUCCCUGGCCAUGGACAAUCAUGUGGCCUAUAGUCAGGUGUUUAAGGAAACGGUCUAGCCCUUUGCAAAAUAUGACUGCCUAGCUUAUCAAGGAGACACCUGGCUGCUUAGAUUUUUUCAUAAAUGUCUCACUAAGAGUGUCUAGAAAUCCUUGAAGAGCUGGGAUUGCCCAGGCUAGAGAGAAGUCACUAAUGUAUGACAAAGGAGUUGGAAAGAUGGGAUUUACAUAAUGCAUCGAGUCUUCUUUCUUAUCUCUCUGGUCUCCCUUUAUACUUGAAUCUCUCCCCUCAGCUCUUGUAUAAAAAACUGUUUGGAGAAGGGUGGCACGUGGAAGACGCGAGGCUCUGAUUCUCCUAUAAUUGUGAUUAUUAAAUACACACUAUCAUGAAAUUGAGAAGAACUGUAUUUCAACCUUUAAGAAGUACUAGAAUGUUGAGAAAUAGGGUAAAAAAAUGCUCAACUUCUAUUUUAUAUUAAAUUAAAAUGUACCAGAGUUAGUUUAGUGAAAUAAAAGCCCAGUUAACUUUUCAACCAAUUGCUUUAGUAUCAGCUAGUGUUCCUUUUGCACAGACCAAAUCCUGGCACCAGAUUGAUAGUUGCUGCUUUCUUAUCUCUCUCUUUCUUUUUCCUUAGGACAGCUGCUAGGCUCCACAAGGAAAUAGUGAGAAACAGCUUUACCAUUAAUGGGCACAGUACACCUUCUAUGAAAAAAAAAAGAUAAAAUUAUCUGUAUUUCUACAAAGUAAUGCUCUUUACCUUAGAUGAAAAUUUACUUGCUUAAAUAUUUUAUCUGCACUGCAAAGUACUAUGUCCAAAGUAAAAUAGCCUCAUCUAACGAUCUUUAAAACUGAUUUGUUAAUUAAAGCUGUAUAUUUGUAAAUAUAUGCAACCUCAAUGCACCAA